CGACUCUGUAGUGUUAUUCAAAGACCAUUGCUUUUCAUAUCUGCAAGUGGAUCAAAUGUCAUGUUGUUUUAAUGUUUAUUGGCACUAUGAAGGACAUUUUAUAAGCCUACGUUAACCUCUCUUUUAACAACGGAGAUGACUGAGCACGGUUGCGUGGGAUGUAGUGUUAUAUUUUUGUCCCGCUUUCUGUUCUCAUUUGUGCCUCUCUGCUGCUCCAUGCGUGACGUGACAGCAGGUUACCUUCAAAGAACAACAGACAGGCAGGCUCCCAUGAACCAGUUAAUCGAACUUACAGAGGUUGUAUUUGUGAUUCAGAGCCAGAGGAUCUCCUACCAUGCUCAGAGAGCACAGCAGAGCAGAGAGCAUCUUUUUCACCAAGCACAAACCCUCAACCAGGACUUGCCAGAUGUCUUGUUCCUCCAUGAGCUGUCUGCAUACGAAGGGAACUGGGGGAUUCUUCCUGCUCUGCCUCGUCUGGCCGAAGACUACUGCCAGAGCUCUUUGUGGGUUUACUUCUUGGAGGAGGAGACUGUGAUUGACCUAGCCAGACUGCUGCAGGUGCUUGCCAGGUUCAGCUCAGGCAGGGAGUGGUUUCUGGGCAGGGCACUCCGUGACGAGGCUGCCACAAUCAUCCACCAUUACGCCUUCUCGGAAGAGCCGGCUUCUUUCAGCUACCCUGACUUCGCUGCCGGCUGGGCUCUCAGCUGCGUCCUGGUGAAGAGGCUGGCCAGCUAUAUGAAAUACGAGCCACCCAAGUCUGAUUUCACCAUCGACCUUAAACAUGAGAUUGCCCUGUAUAUUUGGGAGGAGGGCAGAGGACCUGCUCUGACGCCAGUCUACCACUUCUGUUCUGAACUCCACGGCUCCCCCAACACUGAGCACUGUGCGUCCACUGUCAGCUCCUUUCUACCUAGCUGUGGGAAGCCAGUGGCGAGGGAAGACAUCUUUGUAGCAGUGAAGACCUGUCAGAAAUUUCACAGCGACAGAGUGUCAGUGGUGAAGAAGACUUGGGCUAAGGAUGCUGCAUUGCUGGAGUAUUACAGUGACAUCUCUGACCCUGCCAUCCCCACCGUUGACCUGGGAGUGCCCAACACAGAGAGGGGGCACUGUGCCAAGACGUUCGCUAUCUUGCGGAGAUUUGCAUGGGGAGGAGUGACUGGGGCACCAUGGCUGCUCCUCGUGGACGACGACACGUUAAUCAGCUUGAACAGACUCCGCCGGCUCCUGCGCUGCUACAACCCUGGCGAGGCGGUGAGCAUCGGCGAGCGUUAUGGCUACGGCCUCACUAACGGCGGUUACAGCUACCUCAGUGGCGGGGCAGGUAUGGUUUUCAGUAGAGUGACAGUGUCCCGGAUCCUCUCCAGUGGCUGUAGCUGUUACAGUCCGGAUGCUCCAGAUGACAUGGUGUUGGGGAAGUGUCUCAGCAGACUGGGACUGCCAGUCACACACAGCCCACAGUUUCACCAGGCUCGUCCUGACGACUACCCCAAAGAGCUCCUGGUACGCCAGAGCCCCGUCUCCUUUCACAAGCACUGGAACAUCAACCCUAUUGCUGUCUACCAUCAGUGGCUUAUGGACGGCAGGGAAGCAUUUCACCAUCUUUUAACCAGAGAGCGCAAGCAGGAGCUGUAGCUUUCAAGAUAGCUGAUUUAUAUUGCGUGUGGGUGUAAGUUCAGAGCAGAGUUCCUCUACAGAACAGAGUUUUUUUUCUGUGGAGUCAUGCAGUCGAAUUAUGUUUGUUUUUUCAGCACUUUCCCAGUGCCGGGAGGACACUCCUGCCCUACACGUUCACAUUUCAGCAUUUAAAAAAAAAAAAAAAAAGUUUCACAAACUAAAAUAGAUUUAUAGUAAUUUUUAUGCUAAAUUUGUUCAUGUUUUUAAAAUUAUUCUGUCACAUAUGGUUUAUAUUACUUAUUCAUAAAUAAGGCUGUUAUUACACUUUAAAAAUAUUCUUGUAACUCUAUAUUAAAUGCAUAAUUUUGGCUCAUAAUUGGUCUCAGGUACAUCCCUCGUCGGAGUCCAGCAAUCGCCUGCCCACAGUCUGAUCCGCUUUCCUUGGUACAGCUACUAUAUACAAUGACCUAUGAAUAUACUGGAACAAAAAACUAUGGGGGAUGGAGAAAUUCUGAAAAUAUAUUUUGAUUCAACAUGCAAAAAUAGAUAACAUUUUUUAAUUUACUAUUUAUUUAUUAUUUAUAACAUAAUAAAUAAUAUAUUUUUGCUGGAAGCAAAAGUAUCAUCAAGCCGUUAGAGAGCUGUGUGAGAACCGGGUCUGUGGGCCCAAAAACAACAGCUAUCUGUGGCACAAGGGUAUUCCAGGAGAGGAACUCUGAAAUACGGUUUGCAAAAUUGUGUUUACCACUGUAAUGUAUGUUACUCAGAAAACGCAGAAAAAAAAAGA